AUGGUGAGAGUUCACUCUUGGGAAUUGAUUCCAACUUCAGUUUGGAAAGCCAUUUGGAACAUUCGAACUACACCUAAGAUUCAACGAUUUCUUUGGAGGGCAUGUGCUGCGGGUCUUGCCACUGGAGAUGCAUUUCAGCGUCGUAAUAUUCGUUUGGAUCCUAUUUGUGUUCGGUGUGGUGAUCUGGAAACACGAGUGCAUUUUCUAUUUGGCUGUACUUUCUCAAGGAUUGUGUGGUUUGGUAGUAAUAUUGGCUGCAAUUUCUCUACAUCCCCACAUUUUACUAUUGGUGACUGGAUUUCUAGUUGGCGUUCUCUCAGCCAUUUGGGGAAGAAAGAGUCACGUUCCAAGAUUACUCAUAUGAGUUUUCUUUGCUGGUACCUAUGGGUUUCGCGCAAUGACUGUGUUAUUGGUCGUCGAUUGUGGAAACCUGAAGAGGUGAUCAUGGCAGCAAAUUCGGCUUUCAAAGAAUUUAUGGCGACAAAGUCUAUUGCAAGUGAUGCUUUCGUUGUUCAUACUGCAGUCCAGCAACAAUGGCAGCCACCAGAAGCGAGUUACAUCAAAUGUAACUGUGAUGCAAGUUUGAUGUUGGAUCAACAUCGGGUGGUGUUGGUUAUGUGUGGUGGGAUUCUACUAGUUCGCUUCUUCGUGCAGUGUCUUCUCCACUGGAGUUUGCAGAUAUUUUAUUGGGAGAGGUGUUGGCUAUACAUCUAUGUUUAUUGGAUCUGCAAUCCUCUGGCCAUUUGA